AUGCGUUCAAAAGAUCGCAUUUUAGAUAAAGAGCCAUGUGACCUAAAUAUGGUACCUAAAUGGUCAUUUGAUGGAAGCUCUACAGGUCAGGCAAAAACCGACGAUUCUGACACAAUUUUAAUACCUUGUGGGAUAUACAGAGAUCCUUUUCGGAAAAGUCCGCAUAUACUUGUGUUAUGUGAGACAUUUUACGGUGACGGAACACCAACCUCGACGAAUCAUAGAGCGCAUUGUGUUGACAUCCUUAAUAAAAUAUCAGAUCAAGAACCUUGGUUUGGGAUAGAACAGGAAUAUACCAUGUUCGAUACUGAUUUGUGGCCCUUAGGAUGGCCAAAAUGCCGUGGUUUUCCGGUAAGCACAUUUAAAUAUUCCUAUUGUGGAAUUGGUGAACAUAUUGCUGGUAGAGAAAUUGCGGAAUGUCAUGCUAGAGCAUGUAUAUAUUCAGGAAUGGACUACGGUGGAUCAAAUGCAGAAGUCAUGAAAGGUUCUUGGGAAUAUCAAGUUGGAACUACUCUAGGCAUCAAAGCUGCAGAUGACUUAUGGGUUGGUCGAUAUUUAUUGAUUAGAAUAGCUGAACACUUUGGAACUCUUGUUAGUUAUCAUCCAAAGCCGAUGGGUAAAAAUCAGCCAGGAAUAGGAUGUCAUCAUAAUUUUAGCGUUAAGAAAAUGAGAAAUGAUGGAGGAAUCGCCGAAAUAGAACGCGUGUGUAAAACAUUAUGCGAUCAACAUACGAAAUUUAUGCAGCACUAUGGUUUUGCAGAUGGUGAAGAAAAUAAAAAAAGAUUAACGGGAAAGUUUGAAACGGCAUCCUUUGAUAUAUGUAAGUGGGCUGUAGCAGAUAGAGGAGCAUCUAUUAGACUUCAAAGGAGUGUUGUAUCAGAGGGAAAAGGUUUUCUUGAAGAUAGAAGACCAGCUGGUGAUUGCGAUCCUUAUAGAGUGUGUGCACUGCUCGCAGAAACUUGUCUG